CCAGAUCGAAUAAGGCUGGAUAUCCAUAGAUUUGGUUUCAAUUGUGAUCAUGCUCAAUAAAAAAGGAAAAGUGAAAGAAAAAACACUAAAGCGGAUGAAACUCGGUCCCGAUACAAAACUCAACAACAUUGAGUAGAUAUAGUAUGGAUUUUCGGUAGUGACUUUGGGAAAUGGUUGAGGGGGACAACUUAGGAUUCUGUUGACAGUAUUUUGAGAAGGUUGUGAAUUGGUGAGCGAUGUUGAGGAUUGGACAAAGUAUAUCUAGUAUUGAUUUUUGGUCGCGACCAUGGCAAACAGUGGAAGAGGUCAACUCAGGAUUCCACCGACAAUGUUUCGAGUUGGGUUGCGAAAUGGUGCAAAAAGUGGAUUGUUGUUGCAAUAGGGAGCUGAAAACCUAGUAGACAAUAAUUAUUAUGGGAAACACAAUGGACAAUAGAUGUAAACCUCACGAACACCCAUGUGUUUGGGUUCAAGUUAGGAUACCCAUGUGUUUGGGUUCAAAUUUGAUCAUGCUCAACAAAAAGGAAAAAGAGAAAGAAAAAAACACUAAAGAGGAUGAAACUCGGUCCAUUUCUAAAACUCGUGGUAGCGGCCUUGGGAAACGAUGGUGGGGAACAACUUAGGAUUCCGCCGACAGUAUUUCGAGAUGGGCUUCAAAAUGGUGGGGAAAGACGAUGAUUUGUGUUCAAGUUAGGAUACCCAUGACAUUUGGGUUCAAUUGUGAUCAUGCUCAACAAAAAGGAAAAAGAGAAAGAAAAAAAAACUGAAGAGGAUGAAACUCGGUCCCGAUACAAAACUAGUGGUAACGGCCUUGGAAAACGAUGAUGGGAAACAACUUAGGAUUCCGCCGACAAUAUUUCGAGAUGGGUUGCAAAAUGGUGGGCAAAGACGAUGAUUUGUGUUCAAGUUAGGAUACCCAUGUGUUUGGGUUCAAUUGUGAUCAUGCUCAACAAAAAGAAACUCGUUCCCGAUACAAAACUCAUGGUAAUGCCCUUGGGCAACGGUGGUGGGGAACAACUUACGAUUCCGCCGACAGUAUUUCGAGAUGGGCUGCAAAAUGAUGAGCAAAGACGAUGAUUUGUGCAAGAAGCCAUAAACGAAAACCUAGCGAACAAUAACUAAACACAAAGGCGAUGAUUUGUGAAAAAUGUCAUAGAUGAAAACCUAGUGAACAAUAACUAAACACAAUGGUUGUAGAAUGGAGAGUGAGGUAAACCCGUAAAAGAAGGAUUUGGAACUUCUCCACUUGCAUUUUGAGAAAUGUGAGAGCCACUAAUGAAUAGUAACUUACAACUUUGACUUUUGUAUAUUGAUUAAUUAAUUAAUAAUUAAUAUAUUAAUGACAUGUUGUAGAUGUCUAGCAGUAUCAAGGUAACAUGGUGACCUAGUAAGUAGUAAUCGGUGGUGGUGGAGCCUUCUUAGUAGGGGUGGAAGUUUGGUUUGCGGAUUGCAGAUAAUCCGCAAACCGCACUACAUUGUGGGUAAUCAUACCCACAAUUUGUGGAAAGUAGGUUGGGUGUGGGUAGCAAAAUAUUAAUUUUUAUGGUUAGCGGUUAACUACUAUCCACAACGGUUAACCCACAAAACCCACAAUAACCACACUAAGUAUAUUUAAUAUAAUAAUUUGUAAUAUUAAAAUAUGUGUAGAAUGCUACAAAUUAAAGUAGGCUCCAAAAUCGAAUAUGUACUUAUUUUAUAAAACAAAACCAAGUCAAUACACCGUGUUCGUAUUAGAUAAUACUUAUAUUAAAUAAGCAUUGUCGACGUGGUAUGUGUUUAUUUUAUAACAAAGUCAAUAAAUUUGGUUUAUAGUUUAUUUAAUACUUUAUUAACUUUCUUUUAUAUAGGUUUUUGUUUUUGUGUAAGAAGACGUUAAUUCCAUAACUAGGGAGAGAAUUCCAUUUAUCCCUAAAAUAUUCGAAUCAAAAAGCAAAUGAGUCAUGCUGCUGAUAAAGAUGCUAUGUAUAUUUAGAUUAGAUCCCCUCCAACCCAAACUCGUUAUCAAUAUGCAUUUCCUAAAGAAAGUGAAGUAAACCGAGGAGAGGGAGGUUGACUACUUAGGAGGUUUCGAAUACCAGAUCCUUGCUCAUUCCAUGUCCUGGGCUUCUUUACUUAUUUUUAACUCAAUGUGUGUUUUUUUCGUCACUGACCGAUAGAUUUAUAAUAUACGAAUCCGAAGGGUGAAGGAACGAUAAUUUUUAUGGGUAUCCACAUCCAACCCGCACCAACCCGCAGUGGUUAUUGGUUAACCACUACCCACUGCGGGACGGGUUGUGGGUAGCAUAAUUCUAUUUUUGUGGGUGUGGUUACCCGCAAAAUGUGGGGCGAGUAACCACACCCACCCCAAUUUCCACCCCUACUUCUUCGCAUGCAAUACAAUGAAAAAAUUGUAUACAAAAAUGGAAUAGCCUUGACUUAUAUAGAUAGUACGACAGAAAAAUGAUGCGAUAUGGUCCAUAUUGGAUCAUGCAUAUGGUUUAUGAUCCAGACCGAGAAACUGAAAUAUAGAUCAGAGAUCAUACCAAAUAUUACACGGUCCAUACUAGACUACGCCAGCACAGUCUAGUUCAUGCAUACCACAUUGAGUAAAAAAUGAACAACUCGUUUAGUCAAUCAAACAAAAAUGCGAACCAAUAAAAAGUAAAAACAUUAAUUUCAACACUUAUGCAUAAUUUUGAUACCAUAAAUCAAAGUAAAUAACAUUAUAACAAAAACAAAAUAUGAGAGCACCCCAAACUUGCACCAUAAUGUGAUAGGGGAAGUGGGAGACACAAUUCUCUCUACUCUGUGGCUGUGUCUUGUUUAUAAAUGGAGGAGGGGACGAGUCACGCAAAAUUAGAGUUGAGACUUGUGUCUCAUUGAGGAGUUGAGAGAAUGGUUUAGUGAAAGGCUAACAACAAUAGGGAAUGGGACUGAGUCCACGGUUUGGUCCGGUAAACUUUGUCCAAGAUGGAUAAAAUUAUAUUUUUUUGUCAUUAGAUCACUCUUCAAAAUAGGAAAUCGUUCAGAUACAAUGAAACGAACAUCAUUGAAACCCCUGGGAGGCGACAAGAACAGAGCAUGACGGGCCAUACAAUGAGUCACUCUGUUUCUAACCCUACCACUGAACAUCAACCGACAAGAACCCAAGUCUUCCGAUAGAGAUAAUUUCCUUGAGAAUAGAACCAAUCUUGUUGUCUACUGUAUCCCUUCCAAUGAAUUUGUCGAUGACGAUUUUGGUAUCUCCGGAAAUGGUAAUCUCCGUUAGCCCACGCCUACAACAUUCGACAAUGCAGUCCCGUUGUGCCAAAACUUCCAGAACGUAAGGAUCGGAGAUUGCAUCGUAACGCGUAGCUGAUGCUCCAAGAACAACUCUUGACUCAUCAAAGAGAACCACACUUGUAGUACUAUAUCCUGUAGAUGACGUCCCAGCGUCAAAAGUAACAGAAAACCCUUGUACCACAUUACUAGUCUGCACCGACGGGAAUCACGAUGCAGUUGCUUUGAUUGAAAAACAACCAUGCAUCUAUUCUAAACGAUUUCCUAUUUUGAAGAGUGAUGGAAUACCGAAUGAACCCUGCAAAAAAUUGUCACUCAGAAUCCCACCACAAUUCCUGCAAAUCAAGAAGCCACCAAAAUUUCUUCGCAACCAACCAGGAAAAGAACAAAUGUUCAAUCGUUUCUUCAUUACGACCACAAACUGGACAGAUGGGAUAAAAUUGUAAUCGGCAAAUUGCAAUAUGUGUGAUUCAUGGUAUUCAUUUCACAUUUCUCUAUCUUAUGCUGAUCUAUUCAGUCGAAGUUAAAACAGAAAGCCCAUACCAUCUUACGCAAGAAAAGCCCAUACCAAUAAGCCCAUACCAGACUCGUGCCUUUCAGGGGAAACUGGAAAGAAGACCCGACUCCGUCAGCCGUCAGUGGAAGUCCCUGCUAAGAAUUAAACUCGAGGUUGGAGGACACGUGUGGCGCCGUUACGCAUCCCGUCAUCCAAACUCACCGCCACAACCCCAGUCCGCUCACAUCCCUAAAUCGCCCGGCGGUGCCAGCAAUUCCUAGAGGACCACGUGUCUACUCGUCGUACUCCCACCGACGCGUGUCAAGUGCAGUUCUUGAAAUCCUCUAGCGUUAUAAACCGAAGAACGGAAGAAGACAAUCCAUUGCAAAUACGAACCGGCGUUUACAUCCAAAGCACAAAACAAAAAAUUAUCUUACGCCUUUUUACAUCGUUCUGUAAUUUUUUUUUUCCGGGAGAAGAGAGAUAUGGCGUCCGACCAGGAGAAGAUGGAGAGAGCGGAGGCUGCUGCGUGGCAGGCGGCCUACGAUUUGAGGGACGUCAACCGGCAGAGAGAAUACGAGGAGCGAGCUAAGUCGAUGGAAUCGAACAAGGUUCCCCCGGCAUUGGACAGAGGUGAGAAUCCAGGAUCCGGGGCACAGGACCGGCCGGGAUUGAUCGGGUCCAUGUUCCGUGCGGUGGCGGAUACUGUCGGCCACAGCAAGGACGCCGUGGUGGGCAAGGGCCAUGAAGCAGCUGAGAAGACGAAGGACGCCGCUGGGCAGAAGAUGGAGUCAGCUAAAGAGACGGCGAAGGGGAAGGCUGGGGAAGUGGCGGAGAUGGCUAAAGAUACGAAAGAAGCGGCCAAGGGGAAGGCAGCGGAGAGCAUGGAUAAGGUGGCUGAUCGGGCGAAGGAUGCUGAUUACGCUUCGGCGCCGGUGGUGACAUUGGACAGAGACGAUCACGAUCGUCCAGCAGUUGCCGGUGAUCGUCCGGGGGUGAUUAGCUCGAUGUUCCGUGCGGUUGCCGACACAGUCGGACACGCUAAGGAUGCUGCGGUAGGGAAGGGCCAGGAGGCGACGGAGAAAACUAACUCUGCUGCCGAAAUGGCAGGUGAGAAGGCCAAGGCCGGAGAAGUGAUCGAUACGGCUAGAGAUAAGAAGGAAGGUGUGAAGGAGAAAGCAGGGGAGUAUGUUGAUUUUGCUGCCAAUAAGGCAGGGGAGACUAAAGAUGCAGCCAAGGGGAAGGCAGAGGAGUACAGGAAUUAUGCCGCCGACAAGGCAGGGGAGACCAAAGAUGCAGCCAAAGGGAAGGCAGAGGAGGAGUACAAGAAGUACACCGCCGACAAGGCCAGGGAGGCCAAUGAUAAAGCGUGGGAGACGAAAGAGGCUGCAAAGGGGAAGGCGGAGGAGUACAAGAAUUAUGCGGCCGAGAAAGCCGGGCAGACCAAGGACUACACAGUUGAGAAAGCGAGGGAAGCCAAGGACUACACUGCCGCCGACAAGGCUAACGAGGCAGCGGAUAAGGCGAUUAAGACCAAGCAAGGGUCGGAGACUGCCGGAAGCAAGUUAGGGGAUGUGGCGAGGGCGGCUAUGGAUUUCUUGUCUGGCAAGAACGAGCAAGUUAAGGACAAGGCUGAAGAAACCGCACAAAUAACAAAGGAGAAAAUGAGGGAGGCCGAGGAGGAGACAAGGCGAAAAGUGGAGGAGCUGAAGCUUCAGGAUGAAGCUGAAAAGGCAGACUAUCAACACAGGAAGGAGGAGGCUGAGAGGGGAAGAGCGGCGAGGGACACUAUUUACGGUGCGGUUGGGAUUGGAACCAUCAGUGACUCGAUCAGGAGCAAGUUGACUCAGCCAGGGGACGUGGUGGAGGAGACUUUGGCCGCCAGGAAGCGCGGUGGGACCGGAAGAGCGGCCUUGGAGUGAGAAGGAGGUGACGGUGGAGGACACCCGGGCGGGAGUGGACUGGUGGCGUCGGAUAAAAUGACCGGUCAAACUUUCAACGACGUGGGACGAAUGGUAUGGAUGACGAGGGAGUCGUCCGCGUGCGUGGAGAGAAGUAGAGCCCGUUGGGCCAAGUAAAUAAUGGGCCUCUUUUGUGAUGUUCCAUGUUAACCGAACUUUUCUUCAGAUGGGCUUUCUUUGUAUUGAAAUUUUUUCCGUUUGUAAUGGUACGGGCCCGAGUAGUUGGGCCCGUGUGCAUGCAACAGGUAAUCUGUAUUCGGAGAUGGAUAUAUAUUUUUCGAGAUGGGCCCGCGUGCAGAAAGGAAAAUGGGAUGUCUGUUGAUAAAUUAUGGGAACCUCGAAUAAUAUAAUGGGCAAAUGACAAAAGAUUGGUCACUAGAAUUACUAAAGAGUUUUACAUUUGGUCACUAAAAAUAUUUAAUUUCAAUCGUGGUCACUAAAAUUACUUAAACAAUUUAAGUUUAGUCACUCUCCUUUAACUUCCGUUAGUCUCCGUGUUAAUUUUUUGAUGACGUGGCUAAUAAAAGUGUUAGUCAACCUAUUUUAAUCCAAAACAAUUUAUAUCUGACCCGCACAUCGGAUACCCAGUCUAACCUAACCCAACCAAUGACCCGAAUCCUUCGCCUCCGUCUGAGAAAAAAAUCCAGAUCCCCAAAACUCUCCUGCCUCCUCGCUAUUCUUGAUCUCUCUGGUUGGGAUUUUCUUCACCCUCUUGGCGACCAGAUUGACGGCGAUCACCCCCUUCUGGGAGUGGAAGCAAAGAGGAAGACGUUGCCUCUGACAGGGAGGAAGUAGAGGCUCUCCCCUGGGUAGAUCAAGGGUCGGAUCAGGUCGCCAAAAUGGCAAGGAAAAGCAUAGCAGUAUGCUUCAACUUCACCCAUAACUCGAAGCUCCAUUCGACCAUUCAACGAAGCAUCUCUAAUCAAAUCCGCCGCAUCCUCCUGAAUCAAGCUCCCGAUCGACAGCGACGGUGGCCUCAACUUUCCUCUCGCUGUGUGUUACGAGGGUUCAGGAACCCCUGCUAACCCGCCGCCGCCAUCAAUUGGGUUUGGGUGAAGUUUGAUUCCGAAUUCAAAAACACCUUUCUGUGCAAUUUGGAGAAAUAGCUUGUGUCGUGAAAGUUGACGGGCAAUUGAAUUACGAAGUAGUUGAUUGGGGCUGCAGAUCCGAGCUUGCAUGCGGGAGGCAGUAGAGGAGCUCUUGCGAAGUAGUUGAUUGGGGCCGCUGAUACCUGUACAAUCGUGUUCCGGAGAAGAAGUCGCUACCGCAACCGCCAUUGCCACUGCCGGGAUCCCAAACCCCCGCCCCACCCGACGUUGUUCUGAACCCACACCAGCACCGACGAAGCCACUAGAGCGCCUAUGUUUACGAACAGGUGGAACUAAUUGAAGAAAGAGCCCUUAUGGACCUAGGGUCAACUGUGGUGGGGAGCGCGAUUGAGAGGUUGGGUUGGGUUAGGUUGAAUUGGGGUAUCUUACGUGGCGGGUCGGGUUUUUAGUAUUUUGGGGUUAAAAUUUGGUGACUAGACACUUCUGUUAGCCACAUCAGCAAAAAACUAACGUCGUUAACAGAGACUAACGGAAGUUAACGAAGAGUGACCAAAUUUGGACUGUUUUAGUAAUCUUAGUGACCGUAAAUGGAAUUAAAUAUUUUUAGUGACCAAAUAUGAAACUUUUUAGUAAUCUCAGUGACCAAACUUGUCAUUUACCCAUAAUAUAAUUGACAAGGUUCUCUUCUCCCCUUGUGCUUCUUGUUUUGUAGUCGUCCUCUCUCUGGCCUCUGCCAACCAGGUGGGCCGUGGGCGUCGGCCCAUUUCGUCGUGUUGGGGGGCCGGCUUUGGCCAUUCAGAGCCUCAUUGGUUUGAAGGCCAUGUCUGUUUGUUAAUCAAUUGUCUUUAGUGGUUUCACAAACAUCUAAAUCGAUUUGAAGGUUCCACGUAUAUAUAUAUACUAGUGUGGGCCCCGACCAGAUGACCGGAGGAAUGUGAGGUAUGAAAUUGAAUAAUGUAAUGAGAUGUAUAGCUUAUUGUUGUAUAGUUUUUUUUUUUUGGAAAACACGUGAUAAAAAUAGUGAAUUUUAGUAGGAAAGAGACAUGAAUGAUGCAACGAAUCAAAAAUCGGCCUUAUGAACCAAAAUCAAGUACAUGUUACCUUGUGAAACAAUAUUGUUUCUGGUAAUAUGAUGAGGUGGAGUAAUUUUUAUGAAAACCGAAUUCCAGAAAAUCGAAUAAAAAAUCGCAUAUCCCGUCGGUUUUCGGGAAAUGAGCAUCUCACAAUCGUUGCUAGCUUUUACUCGGCCUGUUGGCCGAUUAAUUUGCUUUAUAAAACUUUCAUCUUGUCGUAAUUGGGCUUUCUGGUUUUUGUCAUGCCAUGAUAAAAUCUAAGGAAUCAAGAACGAACAACACGAUUUGGGAUAGGAACCGCCGUUGUCGUAUCCCUAGAAAAUGGUGGUAAACACGGACUCACCUGCCAAACUGGUUUGGAUUGAGAUUUUUAUCGGGUAUCAGGGAACCAUGUGAUUAUAAAUUAGACUUGAUCAAAACGGGCCAAAACUUGAAAUUCAGCAUGUUUGACCGACCCAUGCCAAAUUCUAAAUAUUCUUUACUUUUAAAAUUUCUAUUCGAAAAUAUAAAAAAAAGUGAAAGAAAAUAGAUGACUGCAAUUCGCCAUUUGCACAUCACUUAUUCGGGAAUAAAACCAUAGAAAUUCAAAAGGAACUGAAAAUAUUUGGGAUCGUUUUAAUGUUUAAAAUAACCAAAUUGAUCUUUCUGUUUAGUUUUUUACUAACAAAUAUCAAACGAUUCCCUAUAAAAUACACUAUAAUGUGAUCAUUAUGAUAUCAAAUAAUUAUAUAAUAUAUAUUUGAAAUGAUAAAAAUUGGACUAAUUGGGUUGGUCGAGGUUGAACCAUUGAAUAACUUUAAAAUACAUUAUAUUUUAGCCACUAAGAUAUAAAAUAAUAACAUAAUAUAUAUUAUGCCAGAGAAAAUAGCUUGUUUUAGAAUGUCAAACCAAUGAUGUUCAUUUGUUUUAUUUGAUGGCCAAAUACCGUGUAGGUCAGGCCCAUUCAACUCUUUUAAUUUAUGGUUAGCGGUUAGCCCAUUAGAUACCAUGCAUUAGUUCAUUGUUAAAUUUUUUAUUUUUAGCAAUAAAAAGAAGUAUUAUUUUUCCCUUUUCAUAUAUAUUUUAUCACCACAAAUAAAUAAAAGGGCUUAAAGAAAAAAAUCGACACUCCUGGACCCGUUCAAAUCCGCAUGUGUAUGGUAAGUUGGCCCGUUCCACAGAGGAAAGAGAAAAAAAUUGACACUCCCUAUUCUACCCUUCCUACAAACGCUCCUGGAGCAGGGAAUUUGAAAUGGGGGAACGGUUUUUUCCUCCCUGCUAUUAUAUGUUUUUAAUUUAAAAAGAUAUAACAAAUGUACUUAGUGUGAUUGGUUACGAUCCUUACUUUUCUUUAAAGUGGUCAUGGUUUGAAUCCCAUUAUAUGUCUUUUUAAUGAAUAAAAAAAGUAAUUGUGAAGACUAAAAUGUCCUUCCUACUUUCACUCUUGUUGCAGGAAAUUUGAAAUGGAGUUUCUGUUUUUCCCUUUGGCGUAUUAUAUUACUAGCUUAUAACCCGGCCCAUUGGCCGGAAUGUUCAUAUUUGAUUAUUUAUAUUUUUAUGUUACAUUUAAGCCAAUCAACCGGUUUAAUUUUAUUGACAAUCCUUCGAUCGAGAUGAUACAUAAAGAAAGAAUAUAUAGGUCUAACAUUCGGAGAAAUACUAUCAUCAUUUAAGAAUAUAAAAUAUAAAAUGUAUCAUUAAUUCCAUUUUCAUAAUGUUAAUUAAGCCCUCGUUAAAAUGUUAUUGGUUAGUUGGUUUUCAAGAAAGAGGGUAUAAAAGAUCAGUGAAAUUCCACACGACCCAUAAAUAGUUUGAAACUAAAUCUUAAAUCUCACAAUCCUACAUAAGGGUUUAAUGCGCUCCUUUUAUGAACAACAUGCCACUAAUAAAAAAGAAAUAGAGAGUUGUUGAUUUAAGUCAACUAUAUACUAACAACUAAGCUAAGAGGGGACCAUCAAAACUUGAGAGCAAACGACAAAAUUAGGGUUAUCUCCAACACACUAAUAGACUCAAUCAAAGUAAUAAGGCACAAAAUUAGACACUCCUUGUUUAUCAGUUCCAGUAGGUUGAAUAAAGAAUCGACCUACUUCAAUAAAUCAAUCAAUGAUUCCUCGUUUAAGAUAAAAAUAGGUUGUGAUAGAUGUAAAAACCAUAAACAUAAGAUCCAAUAGCCACCACUCUUCCUUGUACAGCCAAUUUUUAUUUAUUUAUCUCAAGAGACAUAUUUUCAACCAAAAAUUCAAUUUCUAAUCCUCCUUUUGCAACUCCAUUAUUUAUUAAACUCUUUUACUUUUCCAACUUAAAUCCGCAACAAUAAAACUGAUGUGCCAAGAGAUAUCGGAUGAUUGAUUUUCAAAGGCGGCCUUGUAUUGGGAAGUGAAAGGGGCGCAAACUAUUGUACGUUGGAGAGAAUUUCCGAGGAAGUUAGAAAGAGAUAAGAACAAAGAUAAAACCACAAAUUUAAAUUGAAAAAUGCAAGGACGCAACACGUAGUGACAAAAUUAGUUUUUUCCAUGUUAGCCAAUUGCCAAUUUACCUUUAGCAAAAAUUAAGGAGAGAGAAAGAAUUUUAAAAUUGAGAAAAUUACAUGAAACUCUACUAUGAAAAUUGAAGUAUCAAGCACCAUAAAAAUACAUACGGUAUACUUAGUGGGCUUGCUAAUCAUGAUGGAAAGUCCUGUGAUUUUCAGAGAGUUGAACUUCGUGUAUAUUUUGUAUUAAAAAAGGCACAACAAAUUUGUUCCGUAUAAAUGGUUGUGAUUGUUGUCUUUGUUUGAAGAGACCCGGGUUCAAAUCUUGAUGUUGAUAUUUUUUAUGUGAGAUAAAUAAUUAAUUGUAAAGACAAAAAUGUCCUUCCUACUUUCACUCUCGUUGCAUAAAUUUUGAAAUGAAAAAAAUACACAAAAGUGUACUAUAUAUUAUUGGGGGAUGUGUAGAUUAUAUUAUUAUGCCAGGCAGCGGUCUCGAUCAUCACACGGUGAUUUCCACCACUACUGAAAUUCAUAUAUUUGGUCCACACAAAUUAUUCGACGUCAAAACAGGGUUGUCAUAGCUAGGUAGGGUCGGUUAUUUAGGUGAGAAUUUAAGCCUCUGAUCAGGAAGUGAAGCAUUUGUAGAUAUGUAAUACUUAGGAGGCCAUGGAUGGAUUGUGCGUAACGUACAAAACCAAAUUGAAACAACCUUGGUGGCAUAUGCAUACGUUAGGCUAAAUGAUGGACCACUACUGUCUCGUCUCGUGAACAACUACGGUCACACACAUGUCCACAAGUUGAGGAUGAUCAAUGACCCCAGACCAUGCAUCGAAAUUUAGAAGAUUGAACUAUAUUCCUCGUAUAAGAGAACUCCGAGGUCAAUCGAUCCAUGACUAGAUUCUAAUUUUUUAUGAGCAUUUUUCUUGAUUCGAUAUCGAGUUAUAUAUAGUAAACAUCUUAACUUAUUAUUCGAUUGUCGUACUAUUCAAAUAUUUUUUGAUAUACUGAUGAUUCUUGUAUGACCGUCACUAUAAGGCUUUUGAGACCAGUUUGAUAUGUGCGAUUUGGUGAGUUAGGAUUAAGUUAAUAUAUCUGCAAGCGAGGGGGAACGGACCGAUCGAGUUUUGGAUGGCAGGAGGGGUGUACUCAACCCAAGAGCAAGAGGUACCCACCUACCUUACAUAGUUACAUUUGGGGUACUGGCCGGCCGCCAUACCUCAUUAGUAUUUGCCAAGUUUAUCACCAUAUGUGGGAAUCAAAUUGGUCACUAAAAUUGAUUCUUUAAGCUAAUGUCGUUACCUAUAUUAUACUAGCAUUUUGCCCGGCCAGUUGGCCGGAUGUGAGUAUUUCGUCAUUCAUACUACACAUCAUUGUCUUGAUUUUACUAUAAUCACGAUAAUUUAAAAAAUGAAAGUACAAUUUUUUCCCCAUUAUAAUCCCUAAUAUCAUAUCAAACACAUCUUACCUAUUCCUCUUCACUCUUCUCUAAGACUGCCGCCUUCUAUUCCCAUUCCAAAUGUUACCAAGGUUAGAAUGAGCCUAAGGUAAUGGAGACGAAGGAACGAAGUAGCAAGCUCUUUCAUACUUACCCAUAAAAAACAUUAAGAUGC